AUGAAGGCCACGUUCAAUGCCGUGUUAUCUCUGCCUUUGGCGUGUUACCUCUCUGGCUUUGUUAGAGCCGACAGCGACUCUCACAAUGGUCCGGUUGAUGCAAACACUUACGACUACAUCGUGGUGGGUGGCGGUGUUUCUGGUCUUGUGGUUGCCGGCUGCUUGACUGAAGAUCGUCGCCCCGUUAUGGGCGGUGGCUCGGUGGUUAAUGGCAUGGGCUAUAUUCGAGGCGGCAAGAUUGAUUACGACGCCUGGGAAGAGCUGGGAAACACCGGUUGGGGCUGGCAAGGGCUCUUGCCAUGCUUCAGCAAAAGUACGACGUUUACGCCUCCUUAUCUCGAGGCCAUCCGGCAAUGGAACAUCACCUUUGACCCGUCGGUCCAUGGCCAUGGCCCGCUGCAUACACACAUCCCGAGCUUCCACCUGGUCUCGUGGUGCCGGUUGGCGGCAAUGCUGGCGGCGGGCCAGGGGCGUACUGGACUCCCUCAACUGCUGCAAGUCAGCGGCAUUGGGUCACGAGACGUUCUUAGAGAGGCCGCCAUCCCAGUCAAGAGAGACACGCCAGCUGUGGGCGCCAACCUCCAAGACCACGCAACUACCAUGAUGUCGUUCGAUUUGGCGAACCCCUCGUUACUAAACCCCAGUGCCAUCUUCACCAAUGCAACGUACAAUGCCACCGUCUGGGCCGAGUAUCUUGCUAACAAGACCGGCCCCAUAGCGGCGGCGGGUGCAACCACGGUUAUCCUCUUUUCACGCCCGCAGCUGAGUACGGCAGCGGAUGCGGCAGCCGUUGUCAGACGGCUCCUUGCUCAGACGGCACUCACGACCAACCAGCUUCUACUAUGGCCCUCCCUCGGACACCUAUCAGGAACUUGCGCCAUGAUGCCCGGAAAUCUCGGCGGCUGUGUUGGUCCCGACUUGAAAGUGUACGGCGUCGAUGGCUUGAGUGUUGUGGAUGCGAGUAUGAUGCCACUCACCGUAUCCGGCGCGCUCCAGGCGACCGUGUAUGCGGUCGCGGAGAAGGUGGCAGACUUGAUCAAGGCCAGGAGUGGCCACUAG